AUGUGCCGAGCAUUUUCGACCACUCUAAGGGGUCCAGCGCGAACAUGGUUCAGCCGGCUACGCCAAGCCUCAGUCUCGUCCUUCAAGCAGCUUGCUGAGAAAUUUGAGCAAAACUUCCUUGCCAACGCGCGACCCAGGCCUUCCAUGGCCACUCUGCUCACACUAUCCCUGCGCGAGGAUGAGUCGCUCUCUCAGUUCAUGUCGCUGAUCGAGAAGCCGCCAGUCACCAUCUCCAAAAUGCUCCAACAAGCCAACCAGUACGUCGCCGCCGAGGCUCUAGUGGCGGGGAGGUGCAUAGAAUGCAAGAAGCCAAGGAUGGAGCUACCUCGGGGCAUGACCUCGGUGGUCCCGACACCUCCCCGCCGUGGGCUCAACCGACAAGAGCUACCACUCCCAAGGCCCCCACCUCUUCCCCUAAAUGUGUCCCACACCGAGAUCUUCCUCCAGAUCAAGGAGAUGGGUCUCUUGCAGCAACCUCUCCUUAUGAAGGCUGCCCAUAGAGAUCAAUCCAAAUAUUGUAGGUUGCACCGCGACUACCAUGAUGACACAAAGGAUUGCCAUGACCUCCGGAAUCAGAUAGAGGCAUUCUGUAGUGUAGGCUCUGCAUGA